AUGUUCAAACCAUCCAUUCCUCUUCCCUCGUGGGCAGAGCCAGCGCUUAACCACGAGGAUGCUCAAGGCCAUCCGGACUACUCAAUCAUCGACUAUCGUCGAAAAAAAGUUCUCUGGAGCGUCAUGUGGACCGCUGGCAAUGACGAGGAGCUUGUUCGCUUCCAGUUUGAGACGGCCAAAAAACUGGUUCUCGAUCAGCUUACAAUGGACGGCCCCAAGACCGCAUCAGCUAACUUCAUCAACUGGAUGAUUGACCGCAAGUGGUGGAUGCUCAUACAUCCCAAGUUGCCUUUUACUUUUAAGCAGCCGCCACAUAUGUACCGGGGUCUUCAGGGGGGAGAAAUCGAACGGUAUUAUCAACAGCGGGAACGGAAAGCACGCUAUAAUUACGAUAUGUGGCUCGCUGCUUACAAACACCGAGCAAUCUCUUACCAGCGCUUCAUUGUAUGCGCUCAGGCGUCUAAGCGCAAAGCCGAUUCCGACUUCGACAUGCGUCCAAAAAAGCGUAUCAAGUUAAAGCAACAUCCUGCCCGUGUUUCUGCUACCUCCAUGCUGUCUGCACCCGGCAGAACGGGUUUCGACUCUCUGGUCAGGUUGAUCAAUUUCAGGCAGCAAGACGCCAUUUUCGCGAUGUUCCACAAACGAGAGAUUACGCUUGCCUACAAAGAGAAGGCGUUAAAGGAAAAGGAGAUGGAUCUGGAAAAGAAACGGAUCGAGCUCGAGGAGAAAGAGGCAGAGCUCGUGGCAUACGCACGCGGCCUUAAGAAGCGCAAGGCAGAGUUCGAGCACUCGCUCGUCUCCUGGACAACCGCUUUUAAGCUCUGGGAGCAGAAGUGGUCUAAACAGGACAAGGUUAUUCCCGACCCUGAGCCCAAGAAUCAAAAUCCCUCCCAGUGGCCACUCAACCCCUGA